CUUCCUUGAACAGUUGUAGAGGAAGUGGCAGAAGAUGCUGUAUUUACCCUUUGCCAAGUUCACCUUCCUUUGUCGACAGGAAGAAUUGAAACUGAAUUCAGUCAUAUAAAAGAAAAUAUGGAGGAGCAAGAUGCUUUAUUGAAAUUGCAAAAGCAUUUUGAAGCCCAAUUUGGUAACGUGGAAGGAAUAUUGCCUGUUCAGGUUCAAAGUUCGAAUGAACAGUCAGAAAACGACAAUGAAGGAAGUGAUGAAGAAAAUCAAGAGGAAUCAGAGCAAAAUUUUUCUGAGGAAGAAGAAUGGACACCUUUCUCUUCGUCCUCUUCCAUUGUAAGAAUAUCUCAUCAAGAGAAGGAAAAGCCGAUUGUUUUGAGUGCACCCGGGAAAAGCUCGUUUUUUAAGAAAAUGCCAAAAUUGGAAACUGAAGAAGAUUUGAAAAUCAAACGAAAGAAUGAACUGCUCAGGAGAAAGUCCUCCAGAGGCGAAGAAAAAGACGAAACCCCCGAAAAUGAAGCUGAAGAUUUAAAGAACGACAUAGAGCUUCAAAAACUUCUUCGAGAAUCUCACUUACUUCAUGAGGCCUCUUCACGCACGGGAGAGACGAAUCUUGUAGCCCACGGAAAGAUUCGACAAAAAGUUAUCCAACAACAUAUUAAAGAGCUAGGAGGAAAGGAGAAAGAACAAAAGAUGCCAAUGGCUGCUAGAAGAGGAAUGGCUCAAAAAAGGAAACAUGUUGAUCGGAUUAUCGAGAAGGAGGCCAGAGAAAGUGGUACAGUUUUGGCAAAAAAGGCAAAACAACCCAAAAAGCAAAAGAAGGGAUUUGUUCCUGGAACUUUUUCUUUGCCUGGAAAGUUUGUUGGUGGAACGCUUCGUCUUCCAAAAAAUAUGGCACCUUAGAAGAUGCUGAUAGAAUGGGAUUUUGCUUUUUGCAUUGUAUUCAUAGAUUUGGGGCUUUAUUGGUUUAGAUAUGGAAACAGACACGGCUUUACAGCUGAAUAUUCAUUUACUAAUAAAAAGGUUUUUUUUUGGGG